CACAACAAGAGAAAACAAAACACCGAAGAAAAAGAACAAAGCAGAGCACGAGCUGCUGAACCGAAGCGUACUACAGUCCAGCACGACGACGACGAAGGGGGGAGAGAGAGAGAGGGGAGAAGAAGGCUAGGAAAGAAAACCCAGACCAGCCAAAGCCCCAGAGCUCCGGAUCCACCUCCCGCAUUGCCUCGGGGCCGCUAGAUUCGGCCGAAUCCGAGCUCGCAUCCGGCGCCGCCCCGCCGGAGGGGCUCGAUCUGGUCCCGGAUCGACCGGCAUUUCGGCCCUGUGCUCGCUCCAGUCCCGGCGGUGAGGCAUGGGGACCAUGGGUGGCCACUUCGAGGACUUCCAUGCCGACGACCGGCGUGCUGAGGUGAUAGAUUGGCUCGGUGGGUUGCUACCGGAGUUCAAUUUACCGCUGGAUUCUUCAGAUGAGGAGCUGCGGGAUUACCUCAUUGAUGGCACGGCCCUGUGCUACACUGCCGACAAGCUCAUGCCCGGUGUCCUGGAGGGGGUGUGGGGUGGUUACGCAUCCGACCAGCGGUCAAAUGUGAAGAAGUUCCUCUCCGUUGUCGCUGAGAUGGGGCUGCCGGGAUUCAGCGUCAAGGAUCUUGAGGAGGGAUCAAUGUCGUCUAUAGUAGAGUGCCUCUUGACUCUAAGGGAUAAUGUGACAACAGGAUUUGGUGAAAAUCUUUCUAAUUAUGCUGCUAAGACUCCAACAAGGCCUGUGGUUCCAGUCUCCACACCAGGAAGGAGAUCUCCUGGAGAGGACAGAAGAAGGGGCCUCUGGGACCCCAAGUCCCCCCAAAGAAGUCCUCUUCUUUCAGGGCAGAAGGCCAACGAGGUUUUCCAAUUUAAGCGUGGGCAGUAUGCAGAUCUUCCUGCUUCUAAGAUUUCAGAGAUGAUCCAGUCAAACAGUUUAGAUAAUGCGCCUACUCAAUCACUUCUUAGAGUUGUUAACGGCAUUCUGGAUGAAAGUAUUGAGAGGAAAAGAGGAGAAAUACCACAUCGAGUUGUUUAUUUACUACGAAACGUUAUUCAAGAGAUUGAGCACCGCAUUUCCAUUCAAGCAGAUCACAUAAAAAAUCAAAAUAGCGUCAUCAAAACGCGUGAGGAUAAGUACCGUUCAAAAAUUAAGGCACUCGAGACAUUGGUAAAUGGAACAAAUGAAGAAAAUGAGAUGGCAAUAAAUCGGCUUGAGCUAGUUAAGGUUGAGAAGUCAAAAAUUGAUGAGAGGAGAAAACUAGGCGAGCAAGACAUGGUUCGGCUGAUGCAAGAAAAGGAAAAUGCAGAGAAUACAGUCAGAAACCUUCAGCACGAAAUUCAAGUCAUGAGUAGGAUGUUCGAAGAAUAUCGGGAGCAGAUGGAGGCAAAAACAAGCCAGAUGGAGGAACACUUGACUCUAAGAGCUAAGGAGGCUGAGUUUCUUCUUAUGCAAUCGAAAAAGAGAGUCGAAGAAGUUGAAGCUGCUUCUGAACUAAAAUCACAACUCUGGAGCAAGAAGACAAAUACAUUUCGAAGUUAUAUGGACAAUCAAAAACUGUGUAUUAAGGAUAUAAGGAUAUCGUCUCAGUCUAUUAAGCAGGAAAUGUUUGCCCUCCAAAUGAAAUGGAGAGAUGAAAUAUCUAACAUUGGACUUGACCUAAAAGGUUUGGUAGAUGCUGCUGAAAAUUACCAUGGUGUUCUUGCUGAAAAUCAGAAAUUAUUUAAUGAAGUGCAAGAAUUAAAAGGUAAUAUAAGAGUAUAUUGCCGUGUUAGACCAUUUCUUCCUGGUCAAGACGGGAAAUCAACUGCAGUUGAUUACAUUGGUGAAAAUGGUGAGAUUCUCAUUUCAAAUCCCUCCAAGCAAGGAAAGGAUGGAUACCGGAUGUUUAAGUUCAACAAGGUCUUUAAUACUCAUGUUUCUCAAGCUGAAGUUUUCUCCGAUAUCCAGCCUUUGAUUAGAUCAGUUCUUGAUGGAUUCAAUGUGUGCAUUUUUGCAUACGGUCAAACUGGUUCGGGAAAAACUUACACGAUGAGUGGUCCUGGCACAUCAAAAGAAGAUUGGGGUGUUAACUAUCGAGCUUUAAAUGACUUGUUUGACAUCUCUCUGAAGAGGAGAAACAAUUUCACAUAUGAGGUGGAAGUGCAGAUGGUUGAGAUAUACAACGAACAAGUCCGGGAUCUUCUAUCAAAUGAUAUUGCACAAAAAAGACUCGGGAUUUGGAGUACUUCUCAACCUAAUGGGCUUGUCGUACCCGAUGCGAGUUUAAUUCCUGUCAAAUCAACAUCGGAUGUACUAGACUUAAUGGAAAUUGGGCAAGCAAAUAGAGCUGUUGGAUCAACAGCGUUGAAUGAAAGGAGUAGUAGAUCCCAUAGCAUUCUCACUGUGCAUGUUAGAGGGCUCGACGUGAAGAAUGGAUCUACUUCUCGAGGAUGUCUACAUCUGAUUGAUCUUGCUGGGAGUGAGAGAGUUGAACGAUCUGAAGCAACCGGAGAUAGAUUAAAAGAAGCACAACAUAUUAAUAAAUCCCUUUCUGCUCUCGGAGAUGUCAUUUUUGCUUUGGCCCAGAAAAAUGCCCAUGUGCCCUACAGAAACAGCAAACUGACUCAAGUUCUUCAGAGCUCUUUAGGUGGACAAGCAAAGACACUAAUGUUUGUUCAAGUAAAUCCUGACGUGGAAUCCUGUUCAGAAACCAUAAGUACUUUAAAAUUUGCCGAAAGAGUUUCUGGGGUUGAGCUAGGUGCUGCAAGAAGCAACAAAGAGGGCAAAGAUAUAAAAGAUCUGCUAGAACAGGUUGCAUCUUUGAAAGAUACCAUAUCACGAAAGGAUAUGGAAAUUGAACAGCUUCAAGUCCUUAAAGACAAGACCAGAUCUCCUAGUUCACUUACAGAUAAAAGCGGAAGUAACAUGCUGAAACAGUCUGCGUCCUCGUCGUCGCUCACCAUGGCAAGCCAGCAGAACCAACUAUUAUCAGGGUCCAUGGGAUCAGGUGAAACCGAAUAUGAAGACAAUGCAUCUGAUGAUGGCUGUUCAGUAGGUGAAACUGAGUAUUCUGUUGGCAGUGCUUCAGAAGCAGCAGAAAGGAUGCAGAAAGGUCCAUCACGACUAACCAGAUUUUUCCUCACAAAGAAUGGCCAGCCAGCAGCUUCCCGACCAAAACCAAAGGAACCUGUUCCGAAGGCUACAGGUCGCCCGAAACCUACGACUAGCCAGGCGGCCGCAGCAUCUUCUUCAGUCAAGCCCCCGAAGAGGCGGGUAGUCCCGUAGUCACAGGACUGUGCCAUCUUGCAUCUGUAAUGCGACUGGAAUGUUAUGUGCUGUAAAACUGCGACACAGGGCGCAGCUUAGGAGGCACCUUAUUGUUGUAUCGAUUUCACUGGCCAUGCAGCCUUGUGCUGAUUGAAUUAACGAUGAUGAGCAGCCGAGCUAUGCACGCUGGCCAUGUGAUGAGAUAUUUAUGAGUUUGUGUAACCUGUGACCUUGGCCUGGCAUUGCAGUAUGUAGAACUGGACCUGCUAUACUUUUUCUUUGAGGGAAUGCACCAGCUGUCCAGCUGUACGUUUUUUUA